AUGCAAGCAAUAAAAAGAAGAUUAUCUGAACUUAAUAGAUCACAAAUUCCAACAUCAUCCCAAAAGUCAACAAGAUCCAAACUUUUACAUACUUACCAAAACAUUCUUGAAGAAUCUGAAACCAAUCCUGAACCUCCGACUCCAACAAAUACAUCAAACCUGGAUGAUGCAAAAUCAUCGAAACACACUAAAACAGAAACUUCAAGUGAUGUAGAAGAAGAAGAACCACAAACAGACCAAGAAAUAACUAAAAUUCCACUUGAAGAAAAGAAUAGUAAAACAACUACAGAAAAUAAUAAACACAAAAAAAACAACAAAGCAAACUCACGUGGACAUGGCAAAAAGAACAAAAUCAAAGAAAAUAUAUGUAAUACUAGAAGAAAACAUAAUACUAAGGUUAUAGACAUAAGCAAUGAUGAUAAAUAA